UUUAUGCUUCUGGCUAGCUUUCCCCAUUCGUAGCAAGUGUAUUCUAGAUCAUACGCUGCAGUUGACUAUGACUGAAUUUUUAAAAUCACACAACCCAUUUUUUAUCUUUUCUGUAGAUUCCGUGUUUGAGAUUCAGUAACUGAAGCUGCCUUCUCUUAUUUGAUCGUUUGAGAUUUUGUAUUUUGUAAGAUUUUUGUUAAACGGGAAAUAGGAAUAUGUCUAUCAACUAUGAUAAUUGGGGGAGACUCGUGGAAGUUGUGCUUCGGAGAGAAAAAGACCGAGAAGUUGCUUUAGCUGACUCGAGGGGAUCAAGUUUCAGUUCCACAUACUCUAGAUUCAGAUCCGGGACCGAUUCUUCAUUUCAUGAGCAGAAUUCUUUAGCUGACUCGAGGGAAUUAAGUAUCAGAUCCAUAUCCUCUAGUUCCAGAUUCAGGCCCGAUUCUUCAUUUCAUAAGCAGAAUCCUCAACUUGAAGCUUAUAAUUCCAAUACCGUAAAUUUGCUUGGAGACAAAAAGCUUUUCUGGCCUCGAGCUCGAGUGGUUAUUCGCAAGUUGCUCAACCUCACCGCCAACAAUUCCGAUUACUCCGCUGACACGGACUCCGAUUCCGAACCCGACUCCGAGUCUGAGUCCGACUCCAAAAGUUGCCUUGGUCUUGUUCUAUCAUACAAGGAGGGGCCUUUAUCGGAUAUUGGUCUUGACCGUGGACAUACAGUUCACAGAGGGAUCUUGGCUGUAUUUUAG